AUGGAGAAGCUCGGUGUUCCAAGCAUGAAGAGGUCGAACCAGUUGAAGUCACUCUCUGAUUCGCCACAAGGAACUACGAAAACGUUCUCCUUCUCUUCACGUUCCGUUCCGGACUCUGCCUCGUCGGGAAGUUUAGUAAAUUUGAAGAUUGCAGCAGAGAAAUUGAUGAAAGAGCAAGCUGCUGUAAAGACUGAUCUGGAAAUGGCGAAUGCGAAAUUGAGGAAAUCAGUGGAGCACACACGUAAUUUAGAGGAUAAAGUGCAGAAUGCCUUGAAUGAAAAUGCCAAACUCCAGGUGCGACAGAAAGAAGACGAGAAAUUGUGGAAGGGAUUGGAAUUGAAAUUAUCUUCGGCUAAGACACUGAGUGAUCAGCUCACCGAAACAUUGCAGCAUCUAGCCAGUCAGGUUCAGGAUGCUGAGAAAGACAAGGAGGUUUUAGAAGCCAAAUUAUCUGCAAGUUCUACAGCUGUUGAUGGGUUAAACCAACAAAUGCAGGAGUUAUCAAUAAAAGUAGAGAAUGUAGAAGAAACACUAAGAAAUCGUGAGAAGGAGCUGGCGGAGCUCAAAAUUGAGAAAGAAGAAAUUUGUAAAUUGUACAGAAAAGAACAGCAGGGAACUGCAAAUCUGAUCGAGGAAAAAGACUCUAUAACCAAGACAUUUGAGGAUACACUUAUGCAGAACAGGUUGAUCAUAGAGGGCUUGAACUCUAAGCUGGAAGAAGCACAAUUUGUCUUAAACACGAAAGAAGAUAAAAUUACUAGUUUGAUAGCCUUACGAGAUGACUUGCAGAAGGAAAAGAGUGAUUUGGAAAUGCAUAAUGAUGAGGUUCAUAGGAAAUUAGAUGCGUCACUCGUGGAGAUCAAAAACCUUGAAAACCUCGUCAAUUUAUUGGUUGAACAGCUGGUUGAACUGGAUCGUCAUAACUCAACUUUUUUAGAGAAAUUUAAUCAGCUAAACCUUCUAAGUGACUCUUGCUUUAAGCUAGCCAAAUUGGAGAGGAAUGUUGCUUCAGAACUGGCCCAAAAGCAAUACAACAAGCUCUAUGACAACUUGAUUUGUAUAACAUCAGAAAAAAGUGCACUCAAAUUGAUAAAUGUUGAAUCACAGGAAAAGGUAGAUGAACUUCAGAAAGUCCAGGAAUCGCUCAUGGCACAGCAUUCAGAAGAAUCUCGUUUAGCAGGAGAGAGAAUUCAAAAGUUGGAGUCUGAAGUAGAAACUCUUGUUUCAGAAAAGACCGGGGCAGAAUCAUUAGUUUCCAAGUUAGAGGAGGAAAUUGUUACUUUGUCAGAAAGCUCAAGAUCCUCAGAGAGUAAAAUGCAAGAUUUGUUGCAGAAGAUUACCGCACUAGAAAUUGAGAAUCGGUGUAACGUAGAAAAAUUGGAGAAAGAGUUGCACGACAAAACAGAAGAAAUGGAUACUUUGAUGAAGGAGAGAGAAAACCAUAAAAAACAUGCAGAUAUGCAUGCAGUAGAGAGCGAUCAACUUCGCACUAUUUUGAAGGAAAAGGAAGAGUUGAUUCUUUUGUCUAAGGAGCGUGAGAAGAAGCUAGAAGACGAAAAUAAAGAGAAUCAAGCUCUAUUGGUUACUGCUGAAACGAAGCUUUCUGAGGCUAAAAGACAGUACGAUACAAUGCUGGAGAGUAAACAGAUGGAGUUAUCAAGACAUUUGAAAGAAAUAUCCCAUAGAAACGAUCAAGCUAUCAAUGACAUUCGGAAUAAGUAUGAACUGGAGAAAUUGGAGAUUGCUAACAAGGAAAAAGAAAAGACAGAUCAGGCUGUACAAGAGAUGGAACAAAAUUGUGAGCAAAAACUAGCAGAGGUGAAAGAAGAAUCUAGGCAAUGCCUGAUUCGCAUUCAGGAAGAACAUGCUGCUCUGUUGAAUCAAAUUCAGCAAGAGCAUUCCAGAAAUGAACAAAUUCGUAAAGCUGACCACAAUGAAGAGUUAAGACAUGUUCAACUUCAAGCUGAAAACGAAUUGAAAGAGAUAUUGACCUUACUGAGAAAUGAACAUGAGGCUCGGAUGAAAGGCUUGACAUGUCAAAACGAAGAUGAGUGUAGGAAACUUCAAGAGGAAUUGGAUCUCCAAAAAACCAAAGAAGACAGGCAGAGAACUUUGUUGCAAUUGCAAUGGAAAGUGAUGGGUGACAAGCUACAAGAGGACCAAGAAGUGAAUUCAAAGAAGGACUACUCCAUGUCAUCAAUCAAGAUGAGAGAUUCUGGUGGUUCCCGAAAAAGCAAGCGUGCUCUGAUUAGAACAGCAAAUGAAGAGGAAUCACCUUACUUGCAAGACACUCAAACACCGGUAUCACAGUUGUUGAAGACCGUAGAGGACAUUAACACAGGAAGUGUUGCAAAUAUUCCUAAGCAUCAUAAGAAGGUUACUCGCCAUGAAUAUGAAGUUGAAACUACAAAUGGAAGGACGAUCACUAAAAGAAGAAAAACCAAAAGUACGGUUCUGUUUGAGGACCCGAGAAAACAUAAUAAAACUCCAAGAAGAAACACCCCCAGAGUUCCUGCCAAGACAAUUAAGGGUGGAGGUGAAUCACGUCCUUCAAAAAUUGGUGAUUUGUUUAUGGAAGGGUCCUUGAAUCCCUAUGCAGAUGAUCCUUAUGCAUUUGAUUAA